UUGCCACAAAAAAAAUAAGAUUCAGCGCGUAAAACUCAGCUGCGAGAGAAAAACCGCGCACACCGCGACUGCACUCGUGUGCAUGCAAUCGUCGUACGGAAGUACGAUUGUGUGCACUUACUCAUUAGGCCCGGCGGAAGGGUGCGAGAAGUGCAUCAAUUUUUUCUCUCGCUUCGCUCAAUGGGUUGGUAAUUGGGGAUCUUGACUUUUAUUUCAGCUUUCUUAUGAAUGGUUGCCCAUGCCGAUGUGGUUGUGUUUGCUCAUCGGAUGGAUGAAAUUGAAUGGAGUGUUGGGCGAUGAGCACGAAUGAGUGAGAGAGAGCGCGCGGAAAAGAAGUGGAAUAAAGUAUUUGGUAAAACGAGAAAAAUAGGAGGAGGUGUCAACCAUUACCUCCUCUUUUUGACGGGCAGCCGGUUUGUGAGCUCGGAACGGGUCUCGAGCCUUUGUGUAGCGACAGUUGUAAUACUGAUUGUAGAGUGUUUUGUUGUGUUGUUAUGUAUGUCGUGCGCGAGAACGAGUGCAGCAGGCAGUAGCAGCGAGCAAGAGUAGGCAGCCGUCGUUUCAUUCGGUUUCGUCGGGGUUUUGUGUAGUGGCAAUUAUCAACCAGGUGACAUUACAAGCUAUUGGCAGUAAAGUUACGGCUACCGUAUCUCGGAUCGGUGUUUCGGCGCAUCCGUACAGGACCGUAUCGAGAGCUAAUGCUGCCAGACUGCGUUCGACGUGCGUGAUUUUUGAUUGUGAUUUCGAUCAGCGUGUUCAGGUUGUUCGCGCCGGUUUUGCGUGAUUUGCUCGUAACAGUUGUCGAGUGUUCACGGUGGCGAGGUGAUACUAACAAUGCACCAGUUCCGUUGCAGGCCAAUUCGCUAUGAACAAAAAUGAUGGAUUAUUAAUUGCGCAACUUGAAAGAAAAUGAGGUGUGAGUGAUUGGUAACUAGAAAUCAUGAGUGACAAGUUACACGACAUUGGGCAAACGUGUCUGUGCCUCAACCGAUUGAGCUCAGCUAAGUGACGAAGAGAGUGCUGUGCAAGCAGUUCAAAGUGAAACACAGAAGCAAUCAAGGCAACUAAUGUUAAAAUUGUGAAAACUUACAAACGACCAGAAGAUUUGUAUCAUAAUUUCCGAAGUGCUGUGUUGUAUACUGAAAAAUCAAGUUGAGAGCCUGUUUCCGCUACCAUCGGAAAGAAGAAGCACUGCAGAGUGAAUGAUCGAGACAGUGACGAGUACUGAACGGCGGUCCAGCAUUCCAGGCGGAGAGAAAACCAUGUCACAUUUUCCUUUCCGAGGAUCGCCCACCACCCAGAGUACUACACCUUCAGCACCUUCAGCGCCAUCCUCACCACCCGCAGCUCCAGUGGCCAUGGCAGUAACAACAACAGUGCCUCCAGGAGCGCGUAGCACUUCUCCGUGUUCCGCUACUUCCGGCCCUCCCACGUCCGGCAGUGGGCGAUGCUGUGAUACCGGUCGACCAAUCUUCACCGAUCCGAUCUCGGGUCAAACAGUGUGUUCUUGUCAGUACGAUUUAAUAAACUACCAACGGUUAGCGAGCGCGGGAAUCGCUGGUCCCGGUGGUGUACCUCUAUCCAUGUACAGUGCGCCGUACAGUCCGGAAACGAUGGCCGCGUACUUUCCGGCGAUAGGAGCCGACCAGGCGCCUUUCUACGCAAAUCCAGCCGCUGCCGGUAUCGACCUGAAGGAAAAUCUAGCAGCAGGUGGUGCACCAUGGCCUUACCCCUCCGUUUAUCACCCGUACGACGCUGCCUUCGGUUACCCCUUCAACUCCUACGGAAUGGAUCUGAAUGGAGCGCGACGGAAAAACGCCACCCGGGAGACCACGAGCACGCUGAAAGCGUGGCUCAACGAGCACAAAAAGAAUCCGUAUCCUACCAAAGGCGAAAAGAUUAUGCUAGCGAUAAUCACGAAAAUGACCCUCACGCAAGUGUCCACGUGGUUCGCGAACGCGAGGCGGCGGCUAAAAAAGGAGAACAAGAUGACCUGGGAGCCCCGUAAUCGAGUGGAGGACGACGAUGUCAACCUGGACGAUGACGACGACGAUAACAAGAGCUUGAAGGAUGAUAAAGAAAUAUUAGAUUCCAAAGACUCCGGAACUGGCUCAAGCGAAGACGGUGACCGGCCUUCACGGCUUGAUAUGCUGGAUCGACCGGGUAACAGUGAUUGGAACGGAUCACGCAACGGUAGUGGCCCGAAUUCUCCCGAUAUCUACGAUCGUCCGAUUCAUGGUCACCCUCUUCUGCACCCCUCCAAUUUCCCGCCUCAUUUGCGAUCUACGAUAGGGACUCCCCCUGAAGUGAACCACACCCCUAGCGGAAGUGCAAACCCCAGCAAACCAAGGAUAUGGUCGUUAGCUGAUAUGGCCAGCAAGGAGAACAAAGAUUCAGAAUCUUCAUCGCCGACGGCGGGCGGAUAUCCGUCACCUGGUAAAAUCAUAGCGCCAUUAGCGGGCCGAGGCAUCAACCCACUGCACCAUCAUCCGUACAUGAGGCCUGAAUUCUAUCGCAAUCUCUACGGGCCGCAUCUUACGCCUGGUUCGCCGGAAGUGUCGCUCCUUGAAUCCUACCAGCGAACCUUUGGAGCAACGUUGGCCCAUAACGGGAUUCCCGUCGGUAUUAAUCCACUGAUAUCCAAAGCAUCUGGCAGUGGGCCCCCGUUUGCACCUCUCAGUCUAACCACUAGCAAUCCACCCACGGCGCCUCAACCCGGUGCAUCUCCUGCCUCCAGCACCUCGUCCGGUCCAGAAAACCUCACCCCUUCCUCACCCGCUACCGAGAAGCUAAUACCCGUGACGAAUGCUUCCAAACCAUGACAGCUAGAAAUCAAGUAAGCCAUCUUACUGUAACUCAUGCAGAAUUAGGAAUUUUACUGCAGAUUAUGAAAUUGGCUAUUUAGAACGAAAACAAUCAGACAAUAAUGAUAAAUGUGAUUAUAAGUUUUCCCAUUCUCAACUGUCACAGCUUCGGGAGAUUUUCCACCAUUUUCAAAUAGGAAUUUUCUUCAUCCAUUGCUCUCAAAGUCGACCAAAAAGAUACAUAGAUGAACUGUAUGGCCCUUAUCUAGAACACACAAUUUAAUUCGUAUCAUCUGUUCAGUAUUGCGCAUUUAUCGCUCGCACUUAAUCAAUCCACAGUGUGAGCACAUACAAACAGACGUAACACUUCGAACAUUUUUCGAUUCAAAUCAUAGUCACGGAAACAUGUUCGCCCAAUGUUAAAAGGACUGAGUUUGGCCAACCAUCAACUAGGUGGCGGUAGUGAGCAAACGUCUAACUCGAACAAAAAUAUGUGAGUGCUACGGGUGGGCAGUUGGUCACCUUUUACUUUUUAAAUAGACUGUUCAAUUGGUGUACGAUGGGAAUUAUCAGAGUGUUAUGUUUGUUUGUGUUGUGAGGCUUAUUUUUCACCAACUAUAUAAAAUUCACGUGCUCUUCUGAGUUCAAAUCACACAAAAAGGGAAAUAAUAAGAAUUUUGAUUAUUAAAAUUUGACUUUCACAUAAAUUCUCAUAGUUUUGUAAUCGAGAUUACAAUCAUAUUCUAAAAACUGUUGCAUCAUUUCAUCUAAUUCCGUUUAUCACGAGUUCGUCGAAAAUCGAUGGUGCUUUACAGCAAUCCUCCCCUUGUGUACGACCGUAAACCUUAAAUAUUUUUCCGCACACUUGAAUUCCUUGUAAUAUGUAAUACAAAAAACAUGAUCCGUUGAAGAUUUGGUUCUCAUUGGAAAAGCUUUUUCAAAAUGGAAAUUAGUGGCGUGACGUUGUAACGUUGUUACGUUAUGCAACUAAUCCGCUUUUUUAACAAACAAAGUAAGUUUGAUAUUUAAUAGGUAAGCAGGGUGUUAAAAAUUCAUCAAUGUUUUUUGUCAGAUUCUAUUUUUCUCUGAAAUGCCAAUUCGGAUGUUUUGCAUAAAGAAUCAUGAUUAAACAUUGGAAAAUUGACUUUUUUAAGAAUUAAAGUAAAGCGAUAUUUUACUUUAAAAAUCGAUUUCAAGACGCUUGCUCCACCUUUACUAUUUUUGCCUAAAUUCCACGGAUUCUUAUUUUCAACAUAUUUUGAAAAAUAACCCACACCAUAUUGAUCUGUCUCACAAGAGUCCUAAAUACAGUUGGUCUCCUAUACAAAUCUGCCUCCAACUUUACGCAAACCGUAGUUCCCACAGAAUACGAAUUAAAUCGGGUUCCCAACCAAUUAAGUUCAUAUUCUGCAUGUGAGAAGCUUAUAGUAGGCCCUAAUAACGUUAAAAAAAAUCGGAAGAAAAUGCAAAAGUGGCGUAAAGUGGGAGGCAGCAUCAUAUAUGAGACCCGACGGUAUGGAAAACCGUUGAGCGACUAUCGAACACAAAAUGAGAAAUAAUCAUUUGCGCUUAAUUUCCGCCAAUUUGAAACGUUCGCCAAUCCAUCGUAUCCGGCAGAAAGAUAAAAAUGCCGUCGGCAAAUCGUUCGACCCACGCGGCGCGGUGACUUGUUGUGAAUGAGAAGACGACUAAAGCGCGAAAAUAUAAUGGCCAGGAUCAUUUCAUCUUCUUUCUUUUCUUACUUCUUCUCGGCCUUGCUCAUGCCCAAGUUUGUUUCGAACGCAAGCAAAAGGAAACACUGACGUGCAACGAAUUAGUCAUAAAAAUACAAAAAAGGAUAAAAGUAAAGUUUCGUUAAACGAAAACAAGAGACGCGCGAGAUUCAGCUUGGAAAUUCCCUAUCAAACAAACUUAAGUUUAUUGUGUUUUCAAUAAUAUCGGGCACAGUGAGUUGUAGGAUUUUUCGUCGAAUAAAGAAGGCGGAACCGUUUUUUUUUUGUACAUUGUAAUAAAACGUUUGUAAAAAUAUAAGUAAUAAAUGGAUAUAUUUAAGCAAAAGUGGUGUAAAUAACAGAAUUAUAGAUAACGGAAAUAGUGUAUGUGAUAUUAAAAUGUAUUAAAUAUAAAUCGAUAAGAAGGCAAGCCGAUUUGCGACGAAUGAACGUUUAUCAUUUCCUUUUUAUCUCAAAUCGUUCUUUUAUUGAACGUAUAUUUGAGAAGAAGUCGUUCCUUUUCUUCCAUAGUCAAUCUUGUUUGUAAUUAUCACUUAGUUACUUUACCUCCCGCUAGCUAGUUGUUGUGUUUCAAUCUUCUGUUGAAGUGUAAUCUGAGAACAUAUCAUGGGAACUCCGCGCUAGAGCCAUUUCCACUAGUUCAAAAAUAGCGUUUUCCACCCACUUGACCCGAAUUCGGACUGCUGUAACUAACUUCCCGCCAAAAGAGCAAAAGUGAAGAAAAAGCAAACGAGGCGGACAAAGUGAUUUGUAUAAUUUGACCAUCAUUCAAGAUGCGGACUACAGGAAAAAAGACUUGUAUGUAUAGCCACAAACGACCAGAAAUUGAAGCGAAUGUCCUAACAUGCUGGUUCGGAUUAACAACCUUUGUAAAGAGCUGUAUAAAAUCUACAUUAGGUAAUUAUUUAACCAUCCUAUUUAUUUUUAUUGAGAAAUUUACCUAAGCAUUAUGUGGAGCGUUCAAAUGCAGAAGAAAUACAAACUGUGUAAAACGAGGACAUUUAAGUGAAUUUGACUAAUUGAAUACAAAGUGGAAAACGUAUAUAUGAAAAUUUAACUUUAUACAUAUAUUAUUGAGGUAAUGAAAUAAAGUAAUUGUAAACUGUAAAUUAUCAUACGGAAAAGAACAAAAAACUGAAAACCAUCAUAAUGUUACUAGUUGCAAUAAAGAAACCGACAAAUGAAAAAAAAGUCAAGAACAUUAGAA